AUGUCGACCAGCGCAGAGGAAAGAAAAUCGCUACCGGUCACUGUUGAAAAAGCUAUUCCGGUCACUUAUGAUUUGGGCAAUCUAGCAGUGUUUGAUCCCAACACAUUAGACAGAAAUGACCUGGAUUCGUCAAAUGCUAAGCGUGAGGGGCAUCUCAAAGAUUUGACCCGCGACAACGUGCAGCUAAUGAUCAAUCAAAUUCUGUCUCUACCCAUGAAAACCAGUACUGAAUCCGUUAAUGGCUCGAGUGGCUCGACCGGCCAAAGCGCCAGCGUAACAUUAGUACAGCUACCAGACCCCACCACUGAGCUUCCCAGAGAAAAGCCUUUGCCCAAGCCCAAGGCUCCUACUAAAUGGGAGCAGUUUGCUGCUAAAAAGGGUAUCAAGUCCAAGGAGAAAGCGGGCAAAAUGGUUUACGACGAGGCCUCUGGCGAAUGGGUGCCAAAAUGGGGCUACAAAGGUGCCAAUAAAAAGCUGGACUCUCAGUGGUUGGUGGAAGUUGAUGAUACCCCAAAGAAGAGCGGUGAUGAGCUGAUUGACCCAAGGAGUCUAAGUCGGGCGGAACGUAAAAAGCUGGUGAAGAAAAACGAGCUUCAGCACAAGAGAAAUCUAAAGGGCGCAAACUAA